CGUAUUUUACUAACUAAGUACUCCAUGCUACGUUUAAUACUAUAAAAAAAAACACCCUAAACCCAACAAGAAACUAAAACUACGAUUUUAAAAAGACUAUGUUCGAUACUCGGAUGCUUAUUUAACGAGCCAACAUACAAACAAACUUGUUUAUUAAUGAGUCGAACUUGAGACAUACAUUGGGUUAUUAGUUCAACUUGUCGGGUUGCAAGCUAAUAACUUGAUAUUGUAUAAUGUAUACACAUAACAUUAACAUAUAUGUAUAGCACAGAAACAAUUUUGCACAAUCAAUCCAAACUUAAGAUAACCCUAAUUUUUAAUGCUCAUCGUCACGAGCUCAUAUUCAACUAAUUUAAUAUAAUCUGUUUUUUUUAACGCGGUUAAAGUCUAGGUAAAGUUCGAACUCGAGUCGACUCAUUCACAACCCUAAUCAUGCGAACUUAGCUCUAAUGUAUCUGGACGCAUUUCUACUCACUAUCCUAUAAAAUCAAUCCCUUGGCUGUAUUCUCUGCGCACAAGCUGUCAUACAGAUAAAGAGUAGCCGCCCGUGCUGGUACGUUCGUGAUUUUCAUUAUUAUCGUUAUCACACCUCCCUGCAGCCACUGCUUACUAAAACGGUGACAUCCAACGGAACAAGUUUACGCGGCCGCCGGCGGGGCAGAAGGCUUUGGUUUCACAAUAAUUAACCCUAAUUCUGAUUAUAUAUAAUAAUAUAUAGUACUUACGAUCUAUUCAUAGUACUAAUUAAUUGCAAAAUGUUAAACAAGUUUAUCUUCCUGCCACUGCGCCAUCCGAUAUUAUUAUAGUUUAUAAAAUAACAACGACUCGAUCGGCGACGACCACUCGCCGCAGCAAAUUAAUCAAAUCGUAUCAAUUCAACCGUCCUCUCGCUGCCUCGAACAGCCGCUUAUUCCACGUCAGCUUCUCGGCGAUCCCCGGCCCACCCUCCUCCUCCCACGUGGCCAUCUCGGUCGGCCCGUGUCCCGGUUUAUUCUUAGCGAAUCCGGUGCAAGCACCGGACCAAACCGAUUUGGACCAGUCCGAACUGAACCAACCCUGUGGGUAGCUUCUCCGCCGGCACGUGUUUCCACUCCAUGCAAGUUUUGUAAUCAACUUGGCGGUGGCGAUGGCGGUGGUUGCAUUUUUCAGACAAUAUAUAUGUGCAAGGAGUGAAGGAAGACAAGUUCGAUCGAGUUUCUUUCCUUAACCAAACGUGGAUAACCAUUGAACUAUUUCUCUUCUAUUCUCUUUAGGGUUUCCUUAGCUCAGUCAAUUGAUUAAACAUUGGUAUGUUAUAUUCUUUUCCCCAUGCAUGGGUUAAAGGUACUAUUAAUAUAAGUUUAGUAGUAACCUAGAUGGUGGGGAGGUAUAAAGGAAUAAGCUUGGCAUAUACCCUAAUAGUAGUAAUUAGUUUAUGGUUAUCAAAGUAUUAUUGGGAGGCUAGCUAGCUAGCUAUAAGUCAUGUGUGAAUACUUUCAAAUCUACCGGGUAGGUAGACAAACCUGUAAUAUAAUAUCGGUAUUACAACAGUGGACUCUUGUGUAUAAAGAUAAUAUAAAAUCGAUGUACGUGAUUCGAUGUGAUAUAAUUUCUUUCUUUAUAGGUGAUUAGUAUAUCUGUAAAAGAGGGUCUGACUGAAUGGUGAUGGAAUAUGGAAUAAACUUAAGAAAAGAUGCUAAAACUUGUCCGUAAAAAAACAACCGACACUGUGUCAUAUGAUAUUAACGGCGCGUGUUGGGUUACCACUUUGAAUAUGUAACUUUGGAAUAAAUGAUUGUAUGGUUACAAGGUAUAAAUAUUGAAGAUAAUUUGUUUGUACCAUAUCGGUUGUGGGGGAAACCUUAUCGGAGCUGUUGUACACUUAAGUCUGUUGUGCUAGAUUUAGAAUGCAUCAUAAUGCAGGUAUCUUCGAGUGUCCGAUAAAAUUGGAACAAUACAGAAAAUGCGUCGUAAAGGUAGUAAUAGAUAGAAAUAUAUUCCUUGUAUAUUUUUGCAUUCAUGUUUACCUCGCCAUUAUUAUGAGAGUAAGAUCGUUCUUUUGACAUACCACAUAAACCCACACUUAAGUAGGCCGUGUGGUUCUGUUUUCAAUAAAUUUCGAAAGAUACGACAAGUUGCAUGUGAUUCAUGUGUAAUGAUUUGUUUGAAGAAAAAAAAUUCAAUGGGAAGUUUUAGGAGUGUAUUGUUGAGAAAAAAACACUGGGGGAAAUCAAAAUAGACGAUCCAAAUAAUCAACCACAUACAUCGAUAUAUUUGAAUCGCUUCUACAAACAAACAAAAAAUGCGCUACAUGAUUUUAUAUCCAUUUAAUCAAGUACCUUUAUUUAAAAAAAAACAUAUCUCCUAUCCAUUGUCAUAAUCAAUCCUACUUGUUUCCUAAAAAUUUGACCUAAUACUCAUAUUUCAAACAUCCCUUAUUUUCGGUCAUUUUUGUUUACUUGAUAGAGAGUUAAAGGCAACCACUACACCUACAAGCAUUAAAAAACAUUACUAGAAAUUUCCCUUUGUUUCUAUAUAUCUCUUUACUUAUUAGUUAGCUUUUUUUUGGACACUACUUCUUAAAUUUACCCUUAACCAAGUUCUUCGUUUCUCCGUUACCAAAUACAAACUAAUUCAAUUAAUCUUAGCAGUCAAUUAGCUAAACUAAUCGAAUCCGGGCAGCCCGGUCUUUUCCGGUCAGCGCCAGACAGGCACAAAGCUUAUCCAAAACAUGUGGCACCAGCAAGGAAUAUGCCACUUUGUUCCUUUCCUUUCGGGCAGCCAGGAGAGAGAGAGAGAGAGAGUUUGGGACUUGGGCAAUCCCCUCACUGAUUCUGAGGGGGAAGUUAAUCAAUUAAUUAAUCAGUUUUUAAUUAAUCAGUUAAUCACAACGUUAUUAACAAGAUUUCAUCCCGAUCUUACCAUCCAACGGCUAACAAGUAACAACCCCCUGAAGGUCCACGAACGCCACCACCUGCCUCAACCGUAGCGUAACAAAACCCCGAUACUCGCCCCUGUAGUUAGAGAUCCACGUCGGCGCCAUUUUUAUGCGCAUUUUAGGCUCCCGUUUCAACAUUCCAAUCCUUUAAAUACAGAUUUUCUAUUUCUUUUCUCUACAAAGUAAAGAAAAAAAAGAAAAGGAAAAAAAGAGAGGAUUCUCUCGCCAAAUCUCCGUCGUCUCGUUCUCUUCUUCUUCUUCCAUAUAAACCCCACAGCCACCACAAUCGCCACCAGUAACAGUAGCUCCCGAUUCUCCCGCCGGCGGCCUGCCUCCGUUUCGUUGGAAGUGUUCGAGAGACUCGGAUUUUUGUUUUUUUAUUUUUAUUUUUAUAACUCGCUGAAAUCCACCUCCGUCGCUGGCUGCCGCGCGCUCGUCUCUAUCAAUGGUGGAGAUGAUGACGGCGGCGACGACGACAGAGGAGAAGAGCGAGAGCUGUGGGAGCCGAGCAGUGCAGGAAGGGAGGUCCUCGUCGGCGUCUCCGCCGCCGCAGGGGAGGCAGCAGAGGCAGAAGCUGGAGGUGUACAAUGAGGUUCUCCGUCGGCUGAAGGAAUCGGACAAUGAAGAGGCCGGUCGUGACGGCUUCGACGACGAGCUCUGGUCUCACUUCAGCCGCCUCCCCGUUCGAUAUGCAUUGGAUGUAAAUGUGGAAAGAGCUGAGGAUGUUCUAAUGCACAAGAGACUACUGCAUUUGGCUCACGAUCCGGCUAAUCGGCCGGUGAUCGAAGUCCGGCUAGUACAGGUUUCUCCUAGUCCCGAUGGUAAGUGGACUGAUGAUUCUAACUAUCCAGGAUCUAAUGGGGAGGAAUCUGCCCAAAGCAGUCGACAGAGUACGCACCCACCUCCUGCAUUUGGUUCAUCUCAUAAUCUUGAAGCACUUGCACUUGAAGGAAAUGAUUCUGAAGGUCAGGAUAGUGAUCAUUCUGUACAUGCCAAUUCACAGUUCUCUCGGCACAUGCAUGAAAUUACGUUUUCAGCUGAGGACAAGCCAAAACUUUUAAGUCAGUUGACUUCCAUGCUUGCUGAUGCUGGAUUGAACAUUCAAGAAGCACAUGCAUUUUCAACAGUUGAUGGUUACUCAUUGGAUGUCUUUGUUGUUGAUGGUUGGCCGUAUGAGGAAACGGAGCAGCUUAGAACCGCUUUGUUAAAGGAAGCUUACAAAAUUGAGAAUCAGACUUGGUCAAACCAUCACUCACUACCUUCUACAAAGAAACUUGAGCAAAUUAGUGUCAUAUGUGAUCCUGAUUGCGUGACCAUACCCAACGACGGGAUUGAUGUCUGGGAAAUUGAUCUUAAACAACUAAAAUUUGACAACAUGGUGGCAUCUGGAUCAUAUGGGGACUUGUACAAAGGUACUUACUGUAGCCAAGAAGUAGCUAUCAAAGUACUGAAGGCUGAGCGAGUAAAUACGGAUAUGCAGAGAGAGUUUGCCCAGGAAGUCUACAUAAUGAGGAAAGUUCGGCAUAAGAAUGUUGUACAAUUCAUUGGUGCAUGCACCAAACCACCAAGUUUGUGUAUAGUAACAGAAUUCAUGUCUGGCGGCAGCGUGUAUGAUUACCUACAUAAACACAAGGGAGUUUUCAAGCUUCCCUCCUUACUUAAAGUAGCAAUAGAUAUUUCCAAAGGAAUGAACUACUUGCACCAAAACAACAUAAUUCACAGAGAUCUGAAGGCUGCAAAUCUUCUCAUGGAUGAAAAUGAGGUGGUGAAGGUUGCAGAUUUCGGGGUCGCCAGGGUGAAAACUCAAUCUGGUGUCAUGACAGCUGAAACCGGGACCUACAGAUGGAUGGCUCCUGAGGUCAUCGAGCACAAGCCAUAUGAUCACAAGGCCGACGUCUUCAGUUUCGCCAUCGUACUAUGGGAGCUAUUGACCGGAAAGCUUCCAUACGAGUACUUGACACCGCUUCAGGCAGCAGUUGGCGUGGUCCAGAAGGGCUUACGGCCUACGAUUCCCAAGCACAGUAACCCGAAGCUCGCGGAUCUCCUCGAGAAAUGCUGGCAGCAGGAUCCAGCACUGAGACCCGACUUCUCCGAAAUCAUAGAGAACCUGCAACAGAUAGCCAAAGAGGUUGGGGAUGACUUGGGUGAUGGGCGGAAGGAGAAGUCCCACGGAGGGUUCCUCUCCGCCCUAAGAAGAGGCCACCAUUGAUCAUACCAAAGGUGAAAAGAGGAAAGAGAAUAUUUGAGCAUGGGAUUUCCACAGCCGGAAGAAAAGAAGAAAAAAAACGUGGUGCAGGCCGCAGGGUUAAAUUAUUCACUGUUUUGGCCUUUUCGGUUUUGGUUGCCGAUUCUCCAUUGCAUUUUGCGCUGAAUGCCCCUACUUAUAUUCUGAACAUCGGAUUGUUCUUGCUUUCGGACAUCUAUGCCCCUCCGAAAGAAGAAACAAACAACCGGGCCUGGAUCUGGACUCAGGCUUUUCCGUUUCAUUGUUAUGGGCUCUUGGCUGGUUUUAUCGAACGGGCUCAACUUCUUUGGGCCUGUGACAUGGAAUGACUGUAAAUAAAUCCACCCAGUGAGUAGACUAGAAAAAUGUGAUCAGAUUAUAGUUGGAAAAUUUAUGCACCAAACCGAAUUUACAGUUUGGUACUGAACGUAAAUUGUUGAGUAGUUUAUGACCUAUUGGUAUUAUCAAUUAUGAAAUUUUUUGAUCUAUUGGUAUGGUUAAGACUUGUGGUUUAUCAUACUCCAAAAUGUGGAUCUAAUCCACUUUUCAAUUAAUUUUAGCAACUCAC